CUAGGCAGACAGGCAGACGUGUAGACAGACAUCUGGAUGGAUGGAUGCUCUCAUGAAUCGACCGGCGUAAGUACUCACUGCGAUCGAUGGAUGCCCAAAAUACGUACGACCAGGAAGGGAGGAACCAAUGAAUGACACACGCACACCACAGCCACAUCAAGCUCCCACCCCAGCAGCAGUGUGUGGUCUUGUUGGUGGCCGGCUGCCGGCCACUGCAGAGCUGCCCAGCAUGCUGCCCACCACCAAUGUUGAUGUUGCACCAGCUGCGUGCAGCCAAACACACAGGAGAGACACAUACUCGCUCGCUCCGCCCUCUGUCUUUAAAUCCCCAGUGCGUGUAUUGUAUGUGUGACGUACUUGCGUGUCCGAGCGGCAGUCUCUUGCCCGUGACGGCCGAUGUGGGUCUGCCCCUCUUACCGCUGACACUCCCACUCCCAUCCCCACCCCCACUGCCCGCCCUCGAUGCCAUCUGGGGGGGCCCUCGGCCGGCGGUGGUGGUCAUUUCCUCGCCCGGGAGUGAGAGGGAGACGUGGCUCUUGGUGUGGCGGGCUGGCGUGUGGGGUGGGGCGGCCGAUGACAACGUGUGGGUGUCGUCCUCCGCUGCGUCGAAUGGGGACAUGCUGCAGCGCACACCACACACGGAGACAGAGAGCAGAGAGACAGAGGGAGAGUCAGGGAGUAGCGUGGCUGGUCGGUCGCUGGUAGACCGACUGACUCUUUGGUAGCUGUGUGUAGUUGUGCGGCUGAGGCGGACUUGGACAGCGACUGGUGCAGCUUGGCAACCUUCUCCUCGGCUGCACCAGACAACACCACACCGUGUCUCUCUCCGUGUGUAUGCUCCAAUUAUAUAGAUGAGCGCCUACACUCAGUGAGUUGUGUCCUGUAGUCGUCAAUCAUCUGCUCCAUCCGAUGCCUUUCGUCCUCAAACACCUUAGACUGAAUCUGCACAGACCCACCGACAUCCCCACCACCCUGGUGGCCAUCCAUCGUCAGUGCGGGCAGUCCCUACCGCGGCUUUCUUUUCGAUGACGAGGAAGUUGCGCAGUUUUCUGUUGAGGUUGACGAUCUCCUGUUCUCUGUCCAGCAGCUUGCGCUUCAACACCGUCGCCAGGAAGGGCUGCUGACCCGCCCCACCGACACCCGCACCCUCCUCGCCUGCAGGCAGGUAUCCAUGUGUUUGUGUGUGUCACACACAACACAAGAGACACAAGAAAGAACGAUCCUUCCUCGUUCCAUGGAGAGAAGUGUGUCGCUGCUUGUUUCUGGCUCAGUCAGUCCCUUGCCGGAUGCUUUGAGGUCUGGGGUGGAUGUGGAGUAUGCGAGUGUCUUGGCCUUUUCGCCGCCCAGAGGCUGGGCCGCCCGGAGCUUCUUGAACUCGUCCAACAACCUGUUUGUGACACGCAGGAUGGACCAGCGGCCCGGGGUGUAAGCAUGGCAUAGUGAGGUCGUGUACUUGGUGUAUUCCUGCUUCAUUUGUUCAAGCUGCCUGUCGCGUCUCUCCAACUUCAGCAGAGACUGCAGAAAAGGCCCAAUGAACUCGUUCUUUAUGGUGGCCUUGCUAGUUGUGAUACCUACCUUUCUGAGCGCCUGUUCUGAGGUCUGCAGGUCCUUGGACCGCCUCGUGAGCGCCUCCUCCAGCCGACGGCAUCUCGCCUCUGCCUGACACACAACACAUGCCCCCGCUGUGUCUCUGGUCUGUCUGUCUGUCUAUCUAUCUGACUCUGUGGCAGACGUCGCACCUCUGAGUGUCUCCUCUGUGUGAGGUUGUGCUUGGCGCUGUGCAGCUCCUGCACACGUGUCCAUCCAUCCAUCCAUCCACACGUGGCUGGCUAUACAGGGGCUGGUUGCGUGUUUGUUUGCUCACUUGUCUGAGGUGCUUGAAUCUCUUCUGCAGCUGCGUGUUCUCCGCCUGCUCACACGAACACACGCAUCCAACGGAUACGUCCAUCCAUCCAUCCAUGCAUGGGCGGGCGGCCUGGGCUGACCUCGAUGCCUGCGAUCUUUCCUAUCUCUUUCUGCGCGAGGAUGUUCUCCCUGGCGUGAUAGGUCUGCAGCUGGUGCACCUCCACCAAAUGCUGCAGCAAGGAGCAGGGAGAAAUGGAGGACACACAUAUAGACAAGGGGCGCUGAUGUCUGUCUGUCUGUCUGUCUCGUGUCUGCGUACCUUUCGCUGCAGACUGGCAACCUGAAAAGAGAAAGAGAAGAGGGGGGCAGCGAUGGCAAAGUGGCCGAAGUUUUCUCGAUUGGAUUCAUUCCCACCUGUUGCUCGAGGUGUGGGAUCCUGUCCAGCUGCGACUCCUGCUCCUUCAGCUUCUUGGCGUGCUCCGCAUUCUACAUCCACACACAGAUAGAGAGACAUCCAUGCGGCCGCGCUCGGUCCAUUGCCACCCUCAUCGCUGACCCAUGUGUUGAGCAGGUUGAUUUCGUCCUUGUACUCCCUUAUUUUGUCCUUGAACUCGCACCGCUCCUUGUCGAUGUCCUCCAGCACCUUCUGAUGCGCCGUGUGCGUUCGCUCCUUCUCCCUCUCCAACUCGUCCACCCGCUCGGACAAGGCUUGCUGUGCAAACACGUACACACACAUAUGCACAGACUGAUUCAGCUGCUGUGCUGGCGUGCUGACUUACCACGUCAUUCAGUGCCGCAGCACGCUCCUGAGAUAGAGAGCGAGAGAGAGAGAGAGAGAGAGACAUGAUUGAUGCAGACGAACGAUCUGUGCACGGUGUGUGCGAGGUGACAUACUUACGUCAGUCAUGUUGUGGAACUGCUCCUCCAUCUGCUGUGCGUGCAACCGCAGCGAGGCCCCCUGCUGCUGCAUCUCGCUGCACACACCACACACAUAUACCCGAGACGUAUGUUUGCAAUGGCGGGACAGACAAAGCAACACACGCACCGUUGUAUCUGCUCCUGUGUGCGUGCAGCAUCCGCCAGCAGUAUCCUGAUGCCCGCCCGUAUGUAGUCGAGCACCACCACGGGGUCCUUGACCAUCAGAGCCAGUCGGUCCUUCUCGACGUCAAGCGCCUUGGGGCCCUCCCACGUGCGGCUGCGCAGCUCUGACAGCGAUGGAAUGAAGUGGAUGGCACAAGACACAUAAUGCCACAAAAGUCUUCUGGCCUUCACUUACCCAGGUAGAGGUCGACGAUGACCUUCUGCAGCUUGCCAUAGCGGUCGACCUGACAGAGGGGAGGGUGGCGACAUGCAGAUCCAUGCGCGAUGCUGAGCUGAGGUGUACUGUACACCCACCUACUUUGUGUUCUGAUGUUUUGUGUGCAUGCUCGAUGGUCGAGUACUCGGCCUGCAGCUUCUCGUGCUGCACGCGGCGCUGCUGCAGCUCACCUACACACAUAGGGAAGAAAUAGGCACCGGUGGGAGGGAGGGAGGGAGGGAGGGAGACACGCACCAACACACAUAUAUGUGUCUGUCUGUGUGUGUCUGUCUGUCUGUGUCAUUUUUCUUCCCACGUUCUUUGGCUUCGAGCCGCUCCUUAAGGGUGUCGACUUCGCUGAGUGCAGUCAUGUGACACACAUGACAGACACAUGGUCCAAUCAUUAUGGCGUUCAUUCCAUUCGUGCCAUGCCAUACCCGAGUUUCUCCGUCGCAGCCCGCAGGAGCACCCUCAGCUCUCCCGGGUCAGACUGCACACAGACAGUGCAAGACAGACAGCUAGGGACAGAUGGAAUGAAUGAGUGGGCGAGUGCAGCUGUUCCUGUACUGUGAGUGGCUGCAGGUGGUCAUCGGGAGCGAUGCCUUUGGCACUGCCCGUGAGCUUUAAUUGCGCGGGCAGCGCAUCGCUGUCGAGAAUCGCUGACUUGCCUCGCCUGUCCAUCCUCGAGUUCGUGUCGAA